UUGGUCGAGCUGUAAAUGGCUGUGCAUUAUACCUAUAUCUGUCAACCAAGUAAUAACAAUAACAUAACCUUCAACCACAAAACGGGAAGCGCUGAAAUCGCAACGAUGAGGAAGGAUUUAAAAGUGUUGGUUUCUUCAAAUGAUUACCCUGAGGCGGGGUUAAAGAUUCUACGGGAACAUUUUACAGUUCUCCAGAGUCGGUACAACCACUUUGGUGAAGAAGGCAUCACACAAAACAAGGAGGAACUGCUCCAACUAGCUCCUGCCAUCUCCGCCUUGGUCUGGGUGUCACACCACCCUAUCACUCAGGAACUGCUAGAUAAAGCUGGUCCUUCUCUCAAAGUGGUGGCAACAGCAUCAGCCGGCUACAACCACUGCAAUGUAGACGAGCUCAAGGCCCGUGGCAUCAAGUUAUCAAACACCCCAGAUGUGCUCAGUCCUGCGGUUGCUGAAGUUGCUAUUGCGUUGAUGCUGGGUGCUGGCAGGCGCUUUACGGAGAAUUUGGAGCAAGUUCACAGUGGGCAAUGGGAGAUAGGUUUUCAGAAAGUUUUGGGUCAAGAGAUCCGCGGCAGCACGGUCGGUGUGUUUGGACUCGGUGGCAUCGGGCAGGCCAUCGUGAAGAGACUGGCCGGGUUCGAGGUUGAGAAGUUCAUUUACACUGGACACAGGGAGAAGCCACAAGCGAAGGCACUUGGCGCCCACUUUGUGUCCAAGGAUGAGCUCCUGGCUCAGAGCGACUUCGUGAUCCUCGCGGUUCCCUUGACCAAUGAGACAAAGCUGAUGGUGAACAAAGAACUGCUGGGGAAGAUGAAGAAGAGCGCCAUACUCAUCAACGUUGGCAGGGGAGAUCUCGUAGACCAAGACGCCCUAUAUGACGCGUUGAAGAACAAAGAUAUCUACGCCGCCGGACUAGAUGUGACCACCCCUGAGCCGCUUCCUAAGGAUCAUAAACUGCUGGCCCUGCCCAACCUCUUCGUACUUCCCCACAUCGGCAGCGCCACUGUGCGUACGCGCAACGACAUGGCGACGCUGGCGGCGCGCAACCUCGUCAACGCACUGAGCGGGAAACCCCUGCUCACGCCUGUGCUUUCUUGAGUGCGGUGUAGCGAGACUAGCGAGCGAUCGUGGGUGGACAGUGGUUGCGGUGUAGCGAGCGAUCAUGGGACAGUGGUCAUUGAUAUGCCAUCGGAACGAUUCCAUUUUUUUUUAAACUAUCCGCAACUUGAAAUCAGCAAUCAUCGCAUUUGUAACAGUGGGUACAUUACUAUCUUUCGUUAAUUAGUUAUUACUGUCAUCAGAUGGUAUUUUUGAUCCAUCUGUUACCACACUUACCACUAAGAAACUGGGAAAUGAGUAUGAUUCUACCUUUUAGGCUUCCAUAGUCAAAUAGGAACCGUAUAGUUUCGGCAUAUUCGUCUGUCUGUCUAUUUUCAUAGCUAUAAUAGCCCUAAGUCACCUUACUUUAAGGCAAUUGAAUGACAGUAAUCUUUAGAUCAGUGACGAGUGAUAUGAUUUUAACUAUGCAGAAUUAAGUAUUUAGAAAAAUAAAAUUAAUACCAAAUAUUAUUUAUUUGUUGAUAAAAUUGCUAUACAAAAUGUUAAAUUACUUUG